CUUGUUCGCUCUUUUUCGCUCUCUUCCAUACAGCAAUGGCGGACAAGCCAAGCAGAGCACUGGUGUUGUACGGAGAUGGGUUGGCCCGUUUUAUCGACCCGUCGCAUGCCCAUCUCCAUUCUCUCGCAUCCAAAGCGGCUUGCGGCUUUUUGAGUCUCCCCAGUGCGUCUCCUUCAGAAUGCGAGGAUGAGAGGAUAGUUAGAGAAUUUGCGCUACUGCUGGACGCAUCUGUCUAUUUCAAUACGGGUGAGAAACGUAUGUCCACCGUAUCAGAAAGAUUCAUGGGAAUGAGAGUCGCUGUGAUCACAGACAAUCAACUUUUGAAGUCUUUUGGUGCCAAAAUUGGCUUAUCUGUGUUGGAGUUGAAGGAGUUAGCCGAAAACAAUAAUGCGGUUGAUGUGUCUUCAGAGUUGAUGAAACUGCUCGGAUUUCAAGGAGGGAAGGCCAUGGAGACGAGCCAGUUUGAUUUAGUAUUCAUGCACAUGGGGGCUGGAGAAAAGGCAAACUACGGAAAAGGCAAGGAUUUUGUCAAUGACGUUAAAGACAUGGAUGCUUUGGUUGAUAACAUAAUCCAUAUGGCUCAACCUGGAUCUGAAAUUGGCGCUCGUCUGCACUUGUCUGUUGUAAUGAGCUACGGGAGUGUUGCUGAGGCCAAUUAUCUUGAUUUUUCAGUUAUGGGUUCUGCCAGUGGUAACGCUGAUCUUGCAGCACUCUUUCCCCGACAGAGUUACACAAUGAAUGGAGAAAAGCCACGGACUGAUGUCAGGAAUUAUUGCCCAAUGUUAAUUGCUCAGAGGCAGGAUGCUGUUACCCGCAAGGAUAUGGUCGAGGCAUUUUCUUUCAAUGAUUUCAAGCAGCAUGGUGGAAAUCUUGUAAUACCAACUGACAGGUUUAUGCAUGAGAUAGCUUUCAAGCUAUGGAAGGCCCCCAAAUACGGAGCCUAAGACAGACCUACUUGGAAGCCAAGUUUUAUGAUUGAGGUUCACUGCAGCUUUUAGCAAGGCUGCUUUGCAUUCAUCAGAAUCGUCAUUUGAUGACAAGCUGGAGACUCGUGUUGUAAUGCUAAAUAAACAGUUCUUCUCUUUUUGCAUUCACCGAAGAAAAAAAAAACCCUGAUAGUUCUUUUUGAUCGAGUGUGAACUGAAAGACGAGUACAAGACGAUUGUUGCA